AUGAAUGGCAAUGGAAAUGGUGGUUCACCUUCGAACUCAUUUGGUAAUGGCGGGACCCCCAGGGGGAAUCCUCCAAAUCCCUUCAGUAAUAUUGGGACACCGUCUUUUAACCUCUCACAGAUACCAAGACAGAUACUCCAAAAUUUGGCGCCUGCACAGAUUCAACUGAUCCAGCAGAGGCAUCAACAGUUGCUUAUGGCUCGAAUUCAACAGCAACAACAACAGCAACAACAACAACAGCAACAGCAGCACCAACAGCACCAACAGCACCAACAGCAGAAUAUGAUGAGACAACAACCUCUGGAUCCCCAACAACAGGCUAAGUUGCAACAGGCUCAAGCCCAAUUGGCACAGCAAAAACAGGCACAGGUGCAGGCUCAAGCUCAAUUGGCUCAGCAAAAACAGGCACAAGUACAGGCACGAUUGGCUCAACAACAACAACAACAGCAGCACCAGCAGCACCAGCAGCAAGUUCCCAAUCCUAAUGCUUCUACAAAUACUAUGCAAGGAACCAAUUUAGCUCGAAGGGCCGCUCAGUUAAAUCAAAGCGCUGGUGGUGCUGCAGCAGCCGCAGCCGCUGCUGGUGGUCAACAACAACAGCCACAAACAAAUCAACCUCAGUUUGUAAGGAGUUCUGGUACUCCUCCCGUACCUAUUAAUCUGCCACCACAGAUUGCGCAAUUACCACUACCAAUGCAGCAGCAAGUUCUCAAUAUCUUAAAACAACAGGCAAUCGCCAGAGAUAAUCCAGCCGUAGUGGCGGCCAUAACUAUGGCACAGCAACAGGUACAACAGCGGGUACAACAACCUCAACCUGAACAGUCUCAACAGCCUCAACCUCAACCGCAACAACCUCAUUCACAACCGCAACCUCCUCAACAACCUCAUUCACAACCGCAACCUCCUCAACAACCACAACCACAGCAACCGUCACUUCAGCGACAACAAGCUCGACAACCACCCCAAUCUCAACAAGGUUCACCACUACCUCAACCACAACCACAACCAGGACCUGGUUCGAAUGUGGGCACUCCCAAAUUUGUCCAUUCACCUCAGUCUGCACCGGUUAGAGGCACGCCACAACCUAUAAGACAACAAAUGGCUGGUGUCACUAUGCCGCUAGGAGGAGGAGCUCAAUCUGUUCCUCCUGCACAAUCAAGAAUACCACCAGUACGGACAGACCUACCAGUACCGCCAGCUCCCUCAGCUGCUCAUUUGCCCAAAAUGGAUCUGCCGCCAUUUCAAACUAUCAAUUAUGAACCUCCAGAAACAAGGCUACCUCACCCAAAUUUUUGGUCUGAAAGGGAUCCUAAGACUGAUACCUUACUUUACGAACAGAUUAUACAGAGAGAUAAGCAACAUAGAAAAGAUUUGAUCAAAGAAACAAAUGGUUAUGAACCAUUUAGCAUUUAUGGAUUCAGUAACAAAGAAUACUUGGGACGCCUUUGGCACAAUUUACAAUACUGUCAAGAUUUAAAAUCUACGAGAAUGAAAUCAAUUACAAGUACGUCUCAAAAUGUACCAGCGGCAAGCAUUUGGGGGUCUGGUUAUUCAGGUUAUGGUAACGGUAUUACAAAUAAGGUUACACAAGUGGUGCCUGAGUUCAAAAUAGCCGAUCGUUCUCACAUCUAUCAAAAUAGAUUCCAAGUUUACCAACAAGCGAUGAAUGAAACCCACGAAGAUUUGGUACCUGUACGAUUGGAAUUCGAUCAAGAACGUGAUAGGUUCUGUCUAAGAGACACACUACUUUGGAAUAAAAAUGACACUUUGGUAAACAUUGAGGAGUUCGUUGAUGACAUGAUGAAAGAUUAUAGAUAUUCACCUCAAUUGAGAGAUCAAUUCGCAGAAACUGUGGUCAACUCAAUUAGAGAACAAAUUUUAGAAUACCAGCCAAAUCCAUUCCAAGAAUUAAGUCAAGAACGAAGCGGUGGUGAUGAUAUGCGUAUUAAGAUUAAACUGGAUAUCGUUGUCGGUCAAAAUCAAUUAAUUGAUCAAUUCGAAUGGGAUAUUUCCAAUACAGAAAACAGCCCCGAAGAGUUUGCAGAAUGCAUGUGUCAGGAAUUAUCGCUACCUGGUGAAUUCAUGACCGCUAUAGUUCACUCAAUCCAUGAGCAAGUUCAUAUGUAUCACAAAUCGUUGGCACUACUAGGUUAUAAUUUUGAUGGAUCCCCAGUAGAAGAUGAUGACAUUAGAUCUCGUAUUCUACCAGUUAUUACCUUAGAUGAUGUCUAUAGAACUCCUAGUGAGUCUAAAAACUACAAUCCGAACUUACUCCAGAUCUCUGCCGCAGAACUCGAACGUCUAGAUAGAGAUAAGGACAGAGACACAAGACGUAAAAGACGGCAGGGCCGUUUUAACAGAAGAGGUGUCGUUCAGUCAAACGGUUUAAACAACCAAGCGAGUUCCUCUAUGGGCCCUGGUGUCAACGGUGCUGAAGUUUCCUUACCUGAUGUCUCUGAUAUACCGAGAACCUUCCGUACACCUGUACCCAGUACUAUUCUACCAGGUGGUGUAGAUUUGGGACCAUCAGUAGGGUCAUACGACUUGAGAACCACUACAGAAUACCGUCAAAGACCUCCUAAGCCAGUUGUUGAAGAACCGCCAUGCCAAAUUGUGGAUAACAUCCCGGGUCAAUGUCUACUGCUUUCCAUCAACCUGUCUCCGAGAACAAGAUACCUGAUCAACUCCAGUAGGAACUUCAAUGCGGAUACACAGAAUCUAUCACAGGGUCAGCUACAAGAUACUACUAAUAAUGACAACGAUAGUAGUUAUGAACAAGAACCGUUGAGCGCAACAGAACAGUUCCCAUCUACAAAUGAUGCUGUUCAGGAGGACCUACAGGACUGA